GCCGCACGGGGCCACACGAGGUCUGUUGGCUUCUUUGGCGGUCGUCGAGUGCGGGACCUGGGUUGGGACUGCCCAGACUGGGUUUCCGUGAACGCGGGGCUUCUCUGUUGUCAGGCGGUCGGUCCGUCAGCGCGACCUGGGGCAGUAGGCCGUCGCGAGGCCGGUUAGGCGCCUGGGCGGCUCUCCGGCCUGAGGGGCCCCGGGAGCCCCUCGGUUGAACAGAGGCCAAUUCUCGGUCAGUCAGACGGCGAGGCUUCCUGACAGCCGGUGGGCGACUAGUCAGUCAGUUCACCCGGAGGAGCCUGUCUGUAUUCGUCAGCCUGUCACCAAGGGGGGUCACUGGUCAGCCUGAAGGACAGCGGAGGGUCACUAACCUAAUAAGACCCAAGCCGUCGUCGUUAAUGACCUGGUUAGUGGCCUCACGAGCCGACAGUUAGUCCGCUUGUAAAUCGCUCAGUCGGGUGACCCACCCCUGUGACUCGGUUAGUGAGGCUCCCUCUAACUCAGCCCCUCAGUCAGUCAGUCAGUGCCCUGGAAGGCGCCAGCCGUCGGCGCACAGUUAUCCCCCGUGUGAGCCGGCUAACCGCUCUCGCUGGGGGUCCUCGGCGUCCCCGGAAAACCCGCUUUCCAGUCAGCCACCAGAAGGCCGGCGCGCCCUCAGCGAGCCCGGAGAGCCCCUGGCAGCGCUUCCGCUCCGCUGAGGAGCGACGGGAUCCACGGCGACGCCGUGCGGGACCGGGAGCCCUCGGAACAGAGACUAAGACCUGACCCAGAAACCAGAGCUUCACAUCCCAGAGAUUCUCGUAGCUGAUGAGUCUGUGACCUUGACCUGUACCAUCAAAGGCACCUGCAAAGAAACCAAAGCACCAUUCCUCUCCUGGGAAAGGCCCACCACGUCAUCCAACACAGACGGCUCCAGGAACUCCUCCUCCUCCUCAGUGCUGCACUUCACCCCGAAGCCUGAGGACCAUGGCACCACCCUCGGAUGUCAUUUGAACUUCUCCUAACUAACUUGGCCAAAAGUAGCAUGGUCACGCUCCAGCUGGUCGCACCUGCCAGACUGCUCUAUUCCUCUUGUUCCUUGGAGAAGACUCUGCAGUGCAGCUGUUCCUUCUAUGGGAUCCCCACACCCUCUGUGCAGUGGUUGAUGAAAGGUGUUCCUGUGGGUGUGAACAGCAUGGGUAACAUCCUCCAGGUGACUUCCACCAUAAUUGCCCCCUGGGCCAACAGCACCAUCAACCUCCUCGGGGAGCCAGAAAUACUCAUGAGUCUCCGCUGUGAGGGGAAGAACCAAUAUGGAAUCCAUACUUCAAGCAUCUUCCUUAUACCAGAUAAGAAUUCAGUUUCCAGUGCGUUCAUGAAAGGGCUGAUCCAGGGCGUUGUGUAUGGAUCCAUUGCAUCUGCACUGCUCUUCUUCUUCCUUAUCCUCCUUGCAAUGAAGGUGCAUAAAUGGUGGGAGAAGAGUCAAAUUCCCAAGGCUGAAGAGGCCCUGAUCCUCAAGAAACCAGAGCUACUGGAGAAGCCAGAAACACCCAAGGAGUCCGAAGCUGAAAUUCCACGGGCCUCACUCGGAGAACACCGUAGAAUCCGCAUCAUUGACCUCACUCUUUUCAACAGCUGCCUAGCAGUCCAUCAUAUCAACGCACUAUAAUGUAUCCAACUAGCCCCUCGUUGAACGUGUAGGUAGUUUGUCCUCUGAGCGCUACAGACAAUGCUACAUUGAUGAUCUUGCCCCUUUGCCUCUGGGCAUGUAUGGGAGUACUCCUGUUGGAGAAAUUUCUGCAUGUGAACUUUUAAGGUCAGAGGUCACAUGCAUAAUUUUCACAGAUAAUGCUGACUUGCCCUCCAUAGAAAGGGAAUUGAUUUCACUCCCAUCAACAACUGGCGCUGCCAACCUGGUGUGUUGCUGGGUUCUUUGAACUUUGCCCAUCCAAUAGAUGAAAAAAUGGUAUCUGUGGCCAUCAAAACUUUUAUCUCACUUGUUAGGUGUGAAUUGAGCAUCUUCCACACUCCUGAGCCUUCUAAGCAUCAUCUUUGGUGGGCUUUGGGCCUUGACUGUAAAACCCCUAGCACAUGGUAAGCACUCAGUGAAUAAUAAUAAAAGCCAACAAUAGCACCAGGACAGCAGGGUCCUGGCCGGAGAGAGACGGCCCCAUCCAGUGGGAUUGCUAAACAGACUCUCUGAUAAAGGUGCCAUUUACAGAGGUGUGAGCAGGGUUAGGGCUCCCAGGAACCAGCAACAGAAGGAAAAGUUUCCUUCUAGAUUCUUCUGCAUCCUGGAGGAACCAGGGGGAGAAAUGGUGUCACUGAGGCCUUACUGAGAACCAGAGCUGUGGCAGAGGGUCUGUGUGAUGAGAAAAACCACUUUUGAGGAAAACCACUUGAUUUUUCUGAGUUGCUGCUUAGGCCUUUUACAGCAUGAUAACCCUGCUCAUACCCAGAGUCUAGACAUUUAGAUAAGGACCCGGGUUUAGGAUUCCCACCAGAAGUUCCCACUUUGCCUUUUCUAGGGCACCUUUUAGGAUAACCACUUAGCCACUUAGAGUUGAGCUCUCGAAAAGUUAGUGACUUCCACCCCAACCACCUGAUAAGUAAUAGCUGCUUGCUACCCUGCUCUCCAUCUCCUGCUCACUCGUGACCCGGGACGGAGGACUGCCCUUCCCCAGGCUCACUGCAUCCCCCGCCCACUUCUGGGAUUUGUAAAUCAUAAUAAAUCUUGUA